CUUCGCUCUCGUCAAGUAGUUCAACGCGACUUCAAAAUGACUUGGCUCAAUUGGGACUGCUACAGGAGCACAAGGAAAUCAGGAUAAGAGAACCAAUCGCAGCAGUGAAGAUGAUGAAGGAUGAAAAACUCGAAAAAACGAAAACACUUGAUGAAGCUCCUGAUCCCGACGCAACGCGUGAUCUUACUCAGCGCGCUCUCGUACUAAGUGCAGCAAGUACUAGGACUUUUUCAGUGUCGAAUCAAGCUGGCAAUAUGCGCGGCGUGGUCCCAGGAGCUGCCCAGUUGUCUCUCGACCGUCUUCGCGAAACGGCCACAGAAUUUGUCCGAGCUUCCGGUGCGUCUGAGCAACUUGCUUCUCUUACGCAGACAGCCACAGAGGGCCUAGCUUCAUUGCAAGGCGCGGUUGUAGAAGAGUAUAAGGGUAAAGUAGUGCGCGACAAUCGAGAUGGGUUCUUCGUCGACGAUCAGGACGACACGCGAGAUGAAGAGGAUCGGUCUGUUCUAUAUCACCAGCUUGUGAGUCAAAGGUACCUAGUGGAAAAUGGACAUCUUGUUUUGAAACGACAAAAACCGUCACCGACAAAAUCAAGAAAAGCACAAGGCGAUCCUUCCGGGGAAAAGCAAGGCAGCAGCACGACCACUGCUGGGUCGUCUUCGCCUAGGAAAAAGCGUUUCAUUGCUGGAGUAGACUUGACCUCAUCUUCAGAUGACGAAGAUGACACUGAGGAAGCAUCAGAUGAUGAAGACGACUUUGACGCACCUUCUGGCACCCCUCAAAGGAUUUCUCGUCGAGAGGCAGAAACGGAAGCGACACAACGCGAACUUGCUGCAUUGCUGACGCGUGGGACUGCGAGAGAUUUUUGUUUGGAGGUGGAUACUUCAUCACGACCUUCUGUAGAAGUUGAAGCAACCAUAUCCUCUCGAAGUUCUAGCUCUAGUUCUCUGUUUGAAGGUGAAGAACACCUGUUCCGGACGCGACUGGGAUGGAACAACGGACGAUCACCAGGUAGUUUCGGAGGAGAUACAUCAGAGCACCAAGAACUGCUGCAACAAGUGGGAGGUUCUCAAUCCUCAACAGCGCCUGUAGAGAACCUAAAAACUUCUAUAUCAGCUUCAGCGACAAGAAAAGCAACUAAAGUCUGCAGAAGAGCAGUACGCGGAAUUGCAGGUAGCUCUGCGAGAAGUCACUACUGGAAGCUACGACGGGUUGAUGUUUCGAGUGACGUUUUCUUGGACCAGGAGAGGACUCCACUGAGGCCUGGAGGACCCGCGUUUGUCGUGAACGUUGUGGAGAACAGCGAUCUUCCAGGAGGUCGUAAAGACCCGCCAACAUUGCAGGCUGCUGUAGAAAUUGGGACGCACCAUCACCGUGAGCUACUCGGACAAAAUCCUUCAAGCCCGAACUUGGAUGUCGAGAAUGACGCGGCAGUCGCUUUACGCAACUUGCUGGAUGGCAAAGCGACGACAGACGAGGAUAAAUUGAAAGGCGCAGGACGUGCUGUAGAUGUUAUUGACUUAGACGCAGAUGUGGAAGAUGGUGUUGAGGUUGACCUUCUUGCUGGCUUAGAAGUAGAAACAAGUCGUCCCGAUGCAUCAAAAGAAGCAGACGGAUUGCUCAGUGGCGAUUUAGCCUCUGUCUGGGCUAGUGUGAAACGACAGGACAACCAUAUUCGAAUGGGCGGGUCGCCAAGGGCGUUGAGUCUGGCCAUUCCUGCAAGUGAGUUAGACAGUCAAAGUAGUACUGGUGGAGGUCGACGCGGAGCAGCUUCUCCAUCUUCACCGAAUGAUUUCGUGGACCAGGAUUACGCAAAGUCGAUGCUGGCCCUGGUUCAACAAGGUGCG